AUGGCUGAUCAAAUAUCGUCUGAACCUCCUCAAAAAGAAAAGAGGUCUCGGUCUAAAUUCAAAAAAUCUAGAGGUGCAUGCCUCACUUGCAAAAUCCGACACAUAAAAUGUGAUGAAGGUAAACCAAAAUGCGUAAAAUGCAGCAGUACCGGUCGAAUCUGCGAGUAUCACAAUCCUCAAGAUGAAGCUAUUGUGCUCUCACAAAACCACGCGCAGAAUCGCGUCACCAUUAUCCCAGGACCCGGUUCUACUCGCAGUAGCAAAGAACAUCGAUACUUUGAUCAAUUUCGUCAUAGAACAAUGUAUGAAUUGAUGGGUGUUAAUCAAGAUUCUGAAUUUUGGCGUCGAAUGAUAUUACAACUCAGUGAAGCUUAUCCUGCGGUUCUUCAUGCCGUGAUUGCUAUUUCGGCGAUGCAUGAACAUAUAUCUAGACCUUCUGCUGCCACCGAGCGAGUGUAUCUUCAGCAAUAUAAUAAAUCGAUUCGGUAUAUUCGUUCUCUUGAAUCUGAUAACAAAAUACAAGUAACAUUAGCUUGUUGCAUAAUAUUUGUUUGUUUGGAAAAUGCACAAGGUAAUCAUGAAAGGGCACUGGAACAUCUAGAGAACGGAUUGCGGGUAUACAAUGUAUGGGCACUACAAGAUAUUCGACCCGCAGUAAAACAAGCCCAAGAAAAGAUUUUAGAAAUAAUUACUCGAUUUGACGUUCAAGCGACUUCAUUCUGGGAUUCUCGCAGGCCACUCUUAGUUCCCGAUAGCAAUACCAAAGAGCCCGAAUGCGGAGAUCGAUUCCCCAGUCUCCACGCCGCAAGCAUUGCACAGCAAUUCUACGAACUCCGCAUUUUUUACGUUCUCACAGCCGUUUCUCCAAAGACAUCUCGGCACGAGCGGCCUGCUACUUUCGAGGCCAUGUUUCCACAUCGAACUAAACUUCUCCACUCCUUUAAUAUCGGAAUGUUAAAUUGGAAACGUGCUUUCGAUGGUCUAUGCCACGCGGACGCUCAUAAGUGGAGCGCUUCUGAGAUCCAUCGAAGUCUUCUCCUCCAACUCCAUUACCAAUCCCUCUCUCUCCUCGUCGAUCUCCGCGCAAAUUCAAGAGUAGAAACAGAUCUAUUACCUGCAUCCGAAACCCAACGUUUUCAGGCUAUCAUCGAUAUUUCUCGCUCUGUGAUCAUGCAUGCAACAUCGAUGUAUAAUGACAACUUCCUAACAGCAGAUGGAGGAGUUAUCGCUUCAUUAUACUUCAUAGCUAUGUCGGCUCCGAAUCAAAAUUUAUAUGAACAGGCGAUCGAGCUUCUGAAAAUGGUGAAGAAAAAAGAGGGAUUUUGGCAAGCGUCGGCGGUACUAAAAGUUGCGGAAAAGGUGGCUGAAAGGAAGAGAGAAGGGACGGGGGACCACUUACACGGAGGUGUAUUAGAAUUAGCGGAGUUGGCAAACGUUAAAUUUAGGACUGAGUUGUUGCCGGAGAAUGAGGGGCUGGUGGAGGGGGAAGCGGGGUUGGCUUACAGACUGGAGACUGACGCGGGAAUUGAGGGUAGUGGGCUGGCUGGUUCUGGUUUUGGGUUUGCUCGGGAAAUAGAAAAGGAAACUGGAAUGCCGACGGUCAGCCGUGGAGAAAUCCCAUCUGGAGAUGAUGGUCUUUAG